CUGUCAAACGAAAAGGUCAACAUAGGCUAGACGUGUCGUGAGUUUUCGUGUUCGUCAGAAAUAAAAUCGAAUCUUGCGGUAAUCGUUCAUUUCUGGCAUCCAUCGUGUUUCUCUACAUCCUCCCACGAUGGGUCCUCCAAAAAAAUCUUCAAAGAAAGAACGUGCGACAGCUGGAUCCAGCGGUACCACCUCCAGUGCCGCCGGGGGUUUUGUGGAAAAUAGGUGGAACAAGAAACGUAGAGCGGAAGAUGAAGCGUACUCCGCACUGACCACCGAUGACGACGACAGCAAUCUGGAUGGUGAGUUUGUUCCGGAUGCGGCCACCAAAAACGCCGAGAAGAACGACGACGCCAUUCAGGAGGAUGAAUACGGAGCAAAGGACUAUCGGUCACAGAUGGAGCUGAAGCCGGACAAUGCUUCGCGUCCGCUGUGGGUUGCUCCCAAUGGGCACAUAUUUUUGGAAUCUUUUUCUCCGGUUUACAAACAUGCGCACGAUUUUUUGAUAGCCAUUUCGGAACCGGUUUGUCGUCCGGAACACAUUCACGAGUACAAAUUAACAGCGUACAGCUUGUACGCUGCUGUUUCCGUAGGACUGCAAACGCACGACAUCAUUGAAUAUCUGAAGCGUCUCAGCAAAUGCACUGUUCCGGAAGGUAUUCAGGAGUUCAUUCGUCUAUGUACACUCUCCUAUGGAAAGGUGAAACUAGUACUGAAGCACAACAAAUAUUUCGUGGAAAGUCCACAUCCGGAAGUGCUGCAGAAAUUGCUGAAGGAUCCGGUUAUUCAGUCUUGUCGGUUGCGUCGGAAUAACGAGGAAGGUGAUGGUUUCAUUACACAAACUAUGGAAACGAAAGGUAUCACUGCAUUUGGAACGACCAAGAUUGGACCGGCUACAACAGUGCCAGCUGUGGAUGGCGAAAAAGUGGUUGAACCCGAAGCAACAGCAUUGGCAGUUCCGGAGGACAUUACCAAUUUUUACGAUAAAAUGGACAACGAGGAGGAAGAAGAGGAAGCAAACUUUAAUACAGUCUCUUUUGAAGUUAAUCAGGAAAAGAUAGAAGUUCUGCAGAAGCGAUGUAUUGAAAUUGAGUUCCCACUGCUGGCAGAGUAUGACUUUCGAAAUGAUACGAUCAACGCUGAUAUCAAUAUUGAUUUAAAACCGGCGGCUGUGCUGCGUCCUUAUCAGGAGAAAAGCUUGCGGAAAAUGUUCGGCAAUGGACGAGCUCGUUCAGGAGUCAUUGUACUUCCCUGUGGGGCGGGUAAAUCUCUUGUAGGAGUAACGGCUUGUUGUACUGUUCGCAAACGAGCCUUGAUUUUGUGCAACAGCGGUGUUUCGGUUGAACAAUGGAAACAGCAGUUCAAAAUGUGGUCCACCGCCGAUGAUAGUAUGAUCUGUCGGUUCACAUCCGAAGCAAAGGACAAACCAAUGGGAUGCGGAGUUUUAGUUACGACCUACUCUAUGAUCACACAUACUCAGAAACGUUCCUGGGAGGCAGAACAAACUAUGCGUUGGCUGCAAGAGCAAGAGUGGGGUAUUAUGGUUCUGGACGAGGUGCACACCAUUCCGGCAAAAAUGUUCCGAAGAGUCUUAACAAUCGUUCAGUCUCAUUGCAAACUUGGUCUAACCGCCACGCUGCUUCGAGAGGACGACAAAAUCGCAGAUUUAAAUUUUCUUAUAGGUCCUAAAUUAUACGAAGCCAACUGGCUUGAACUGCAGAAGCGCGGUUACAUCGCCCGUGUCCAAUGUGCCGAAGUGUGGUGCCCGAUGGCUCCGGAAUUCUACCGCGAAUACCUCGUAACUAAGACCUCCAAAAAGAUGCUAUUGUACGUCAUGAAUCCGGCAAAAUUCCGCGCUUGUCAAUAUUUGAUCCGUUACCAUGAGAAACGUGGCGACAAGACAAUUGUUUUCAGCGAUAAUGUGUUUGCCCUGAAACACUACGCCAUCAAAAUGAACAAACCGUAUAUCUACGGACCGACCUCGCAGAGCGAACGAAUCCAGAUCCUGCAAAAUUUCAAAUUUAAUCCUAAAGUUAAUACCAUAUUCGUGAGUAAAGUGGCUGAUACUAGCUUCGAUUUACCGGAAGCAAACGUGCUUGUUCAAAUUUCUUCGCACGGUGGCUCCCGACGACAGGAGGCUCAACGUCUCGGUCGUAUUCUGCGUGCCAAGAAGGGGGCAAUCGCCGAAGAGUACAAUGCCUUCUUUUAUACACUCGUUUCUCAGGAUACGCUGGAGAUGGGCUACUCGCGCAAGCGACAGCGGUUCCUGGUAAAUCAAGGUUACAGCUACAAGGUGAUUACACACCUGGCGGGGAUGGACAGCGAUACGGAUUUGUUCUACAAAACUCGGGAUGAACAGGGGCAGUUGUUACAGCAGGUGCUUUCUGCUUCGGACAUGGACUGCGAGGACGAACGAAUUCCUGGCGAAGGAGGUGGUGCCCCAAGACCGGGAGGUUCCAAGCGGACGGGUGGACUCAGCUCUAUGUCCGGUGCGGAUGACGCAGUGUACCUUGAGUUCCGGAGGAAGAAGGAACAUUUACAUCCGUUGUUCAAGAAAUUUAGAGGAUAAGACGGUACGAUGGAAGGCUUUUUGUUACAAAUAAACUUAAAUAUGUUUUGAAA